GCCAAAGAGAAGGCCAAGUUCCGCCGCCAGCAGGUCCGCAAGGCCCAAAUCCAGCACCGCACCCGCAAGGCCAACUACAUCAAGCAGCUUGAGCUCGACGUCUGCAAGUUCAGGGAUAUGAUCGCCGCCGCCGAGAAGGAGGUCCUCGCCUUCCGCCGCGAGAACGAGAGCAUGAGGGGCGCCCUCACCGCAAGAGGAUUCGUGGCACCUCCUGAAGGCGCAAAGGGCGAGAGCGUCGUCGUUAGCGAGGUGCGGAUCCGCGGGUCGCAGGAACCCGUGGCGGUGCCGGAAGAGGUGUCGAUGGCGCCGGCGAUGGUCCAGCAACAACAGCAGGCAUUGCCUCCCGUCCCGGCACAACGGCAACUCUCCCAUCAGUCAGAGGACGAACAAGCACAGGACUCGGCGGCCGCUCCCCUGCCGGAAGAAUCCCAGGUGGCGGCAUACCCACCUCAGACCCUGCACUACGACCCGUACCCGCCGGUCGACCUCUUCGCGGACGUCAACAUGGGCGAGGUCACAGUCACUAUGCGCAAGGACGACGCCCUUGGAACCCUAUGCUUCCAGAUCUCGUCGCCAUCGGCCGCAGUCGUGUAUACCCAGUCUCGACCGUCGUCAGCAGAUCAGUUGUCUGCGGAACAGGAAAUCAUUGCCAUCAACCUCAUUCUCGCCAUGGAACACAUCUGCUGGAACCACUUCCACCCCCGCCAAUUCCCCGCCCACGGCGACACCUGCAAAGCCGCCUCUGGCCACACAAUGAUGGCCUCGACCCUCUGCAUGUCCUCGGCCCCCGCCCGCGUCUACCGCACCAUCCGCCGCGGCGAGGCCUCCACCGUCUCGCACACCUGGCAAGCCGACACGGGCGCUGGAUCCUCUCUAUCUCUCAAAUCCCUGCUGGCCCUCGCCAAGACGCUGAACCCGGGCGACAUCGAGCUCACCCCCGUACAGGCGUGGUUCGAGCUCGCGGCGCGGUACGGGGCCGCGGCGCUGAUGCGCGGCAACGUGAUUGAGGCGCUCAAGAGGGAGUUUUGCGGGGUGGUGGAUUGUAUUCACUUUGGGGCUAUCAUUGAGCGGGACGCGUUUGAGAGUGUUGUGGCGAGGGUUAUGGAGCAGGUGGGUGUUCCGGAGCUGGAGUGGGAGAUGGAUGUCGAUGAGGGGGCGGGUGUGCCGCAGGCCGGGGGUAUGGUGUAUGGUGCGCAGCAGAUUACGGCUUGA